AAAUGUAUAUAAGGUCUCUGCUCUCCCGGUCAAGGUGACAUCUUCAAGCUUGACCAACCGCAUCAACAAUACUCUGACAGAAACAAGCAUAUCACUUUCAUACAAGUCACCAUGAAGAUCGCAGCUCUCGCCGCCACUCUUGCCCUGGCCCUCGUCCCCAGCGUGUCCGCCUGGCGCGUGUACUUUUACCAGCUGAAGGAGGAAGAGGGUCCAUCUAUUACCAAUGCUGGACCUGGAAAUCCCGGGUUCAGGUGCCAUUCCAACGUCGACCCUCUCAACCAGAAGAUUUCCUCAAUGAGGUACUACUCGGACAAUCCGGAGGGCACCACCCGCUGCUGUCUUAAAGUAUACGACAGCCCCGGCUGCAGAGGCGACCUUGGCUAUUCGUUCUGCCGCAACCAGUUCCUCAACUUCGACGACAUUGGUCACGACAACGAUGUGAGCUCCUACUCGACCGACUGCUUCAGGAUUUGAGCUCCGGCCCGCACAUGGUCCACUGGCAAUGAGUAAAUCAGGGAUUAUGCCGAGAAGAGGAUUAUCGGUUGCUAUGUGUAUAGUAUCGAAAGUACUUUAACGAUACAUUAGCAAUACACAGCCGUUUUCAU